CCCUGCAGGCAGGACUCUGCCAGCCCCUCGUUCUUCCCCAGCCGCUGCCCCUGGAGGUUACUGGACCUGCGCUGCGUUCAGCUGGUGAAAAUGGCUGAAAAUGGAAAUGGUGAAAAUAUGUCUAUCUUGGAAAGCAAAAUCUGUCAGCAAAUUGAGUACUAUUUUGGCAAUCACAAUCUACCAAGAGACAAGUUUCUAAAGGAACAGAUCAAACUAGAUGAUGGCUGGGUACCUUUAGAAGUAAUGAUCAAAUUCAACAGGUUAAGUCGCCUUUCAAAAGAUUUUGGUGUUAUUGUAGAAGCACUGAGAAAAUCCAAGACUGGUUUAAUGGAAAUAAAUGAAGACAAAACUAAAAUCAGAAGAUCUCCAAAUAAACCCCUUCCUGAAUUAAAUGACCAGUAUAAGGCUGCAAUUAAAAACAGAUCUGUAUACGUUAAAGGCUUUCCACUAGAUGCUACUCUUGAUGAUAUCAAAGAAUGGCUUGAGGAUAAAGGUCCAGUUGAAAAUAUUCAAAUGAGGAGAACAUUGCAGAGAACGUUUAAGGGCUCAAUAUUUGCAGUGUUUGAUAGUGUUGAAUCUGCUAAGAAGUUCACAGAGAUACCAAAUCAAAAGUACAAAGACACAGAGCUGAUCGUACUUUUCAAGGAGGAGUAUUGUACAAAGAAGAAUGAAGAAAGGAAACAAAACAAAGUAGAAGCAAAAGCAAGAGCUAAACAGGAAAAAGAAGAAAAGCAGAAACAAGCAGCAGAUGCUGAAAUGAAAUCUCUGGAAGAAAAGACAGGAUGUCUUUUGAAGUUUUCUGGUGAUCUAGAUGACCAAACGUGCAGAGAAGACCUCCAUGAAGUAUUUUCUGGUCACGGAGAAAUCAAGUGGAUACACUUUGUCAGAGGUGCAAAGGAGGGAAUUAUCCUAUUUAAGGAUAUUGCCAAAGAAGCUCUGGAAAAAGCCAAAGCAGCACAUAAUGGAAACUUGCAGCUCCGGAACAAGGAUGUUUCAUGGGAAGUGCUAGAAGGAGAUGCAGAGAAAGAAGCUCUGAAAAAAAUCUUGGAAGAUCAGCAGGAAUUGCUGAAACAGAAAACAAAAGGGCGCAAAAUUAAAGGAAAAGGAAGAGGGGGAAAGAUACCUCAGGGUGCACAAAAAGGAAAAAUACAGUUUCAGGGCAAGAAAAUAAAGUUUGAGAAUGAUGAAGAAGAUGGUGAAAAUGAAACUAAAACAGAACCAGCAAGUCCCAAGAAGAGACCACUAGAGGAAACAGAAAAGGAAGAACCUGCACCAAAACAACUGAAAACAGAAAAUGGAGAUGGCAAUCAGUAAUAGUCAAAUAAAAGAAUUUAAAAAAUUAGUGGUUUUAUUGUUCCAUUUUCAAUAGAUUUUAAAUACAUGCCUCAGUUCAGGACUUUUUUGGCAGAAAAUCUUACGAAAUCCACUUCAAUGUCAACCUACAAUUAGAGAAAAGUUUCAUUUUAUUGGGUUACAGCUUUUUUUGUUUAAGAAGCAUGCUUACUGCUAACAUAAAACCCUGGACAACUUUUCUAUUUAUAGUUUUGUUUAUACUGUCAAAUCUUCUCAGUUUUUCUGGCAUCUCAUUCAAAUGUAAAAGGUUUUGGACUUUGUAAUCUUGUGGUUAUGUUUAAUAGCAGCUGGCAAUAAAUUCAGAACUUAAAA